CAUUUGCGGCUCACCAUAAGCUUCCCUGGGGUAUUGCCCCAAUGGUUGCCAUGAUCCUCGCCCCAACCAAUUGAAAGUCCAUUCAUUCGUCAGCUGACUCAGCUCCACUCCCACUCCUUGAAAUCAAAGAAAUAAAAAUGAGAAGAGCGUUGGCGCCUCCCUUCUUCCUCCGACCCCCUUUCUCCAAACCCUCCCCCUUCUACCUCUCCAUCGCUUCCUCUCCUCCUCUGCCGAAGCCCUCGGCUUCCCUCACCGAGGAGGAGCUCGCCGAGGUCCACCGGCUCGUCCCCCGCCUCUGCGACGCCGGCCGCCACGCCGACGCCGUCCGCCUCCUCGACGCCUGCCUCCUCGCCGGCCCUCCCCUCGCCGCCCUCCCCGCCUCCGCCCUCGCCGACCGCCUCGCCUCCCACCCCGACCUCACGCCCUCCAUGGCCCUCCUCACCGCCCUCAAGCACCACCCCCGACGCCCCUCCCCCCUUCCCUUCUGCUCCCCUCUCCUCUCCGCCUUCUUCGAGAAGCGCCGCCCCAAGGAGGCCGCCAAGGUGUUCGCUUGGCUCUGCCGGCCCGACUCCCCCUGCCGUCCGGAUCCCGAGGUCUACCGGAUUGCGAUCGGAGGGUUUUGUAGGCUCGGGAGGAUGGUGGAUGCUCUGCGGGCGGUCAAGGAGAUGGUGGGGGAUGGGGUCUCGCCGGGGACCGAUUUGAGGGAGGCGGUGUAUCGAGGAAUGCUGCAUGAGGCUCGGAUCGAUGAGGCCCGGGAGCUGGAUGCUGCUUUGAAGUGCAUUGAGGAGGAGGGAAAUGGAUUUGGUGGUGCCGUGGAGGUGCUCGAUCGGUUGAUUAGGGAGUGGGAAGAAUGAUGCAACGUCUUAACAGAAAUAGAUGUUUCGAGGUUCAAGUGAUUCCUGGAAACUGUCUAAUGGCAACAAUGGUGAAGAAGUCCAACAGAUAAUAUCCUUUUUUGGUUUUUUGCAGCCACUAGAAGCCCCUUGCUCAUCAUGUUUAUUCAGGAAUGGCAAUAAAAAGGUUGCUAAAAUGCAUAUUAUGUACCGAAGAGAUAUCUUUGUUGAAGAUGCGGCAGUCAUGCCCUCCCUUUUUGAUCCCUAUCAUGUUUUAAACGUUGAACUUCUUGAUGCAGUUGUUUCCAAAGCAGAUAUACAAAAGGGAAAUCUGGGGAACCAUCUCAGAACUGACAUUCAAAGGGAUUAAAGAGGACAUGAAUAAGAUUUGCUUGAGCAAAACAGAUGUCCCUUUUUAUUUUAUUUUUUCAGGAAAAAGAUUAUUUAUGGAAGAUAGUGGUUAUAUGAGUUUGAGAGGCUGAGGACAGAUGCGGUUUGGAGACAUAAAGGAAACUAUAAGUAUCAUGUCUUUUUUUCUUCUUUGGAAGGUAUUAGAUAUGUGUAAGUUGGAGAAGUCUUUUGAAUAGCAAGUUUUGUGCCAUGAGAUGAUACAAAACAUUUUUAGUUUGACCAUUGGGCUGGAACUUGCCUACUAGGAGUUUGUCCUGAUUAGAGGGUUUUGACAGUGUACUUGUACAUCCUUUCAUCCGACUUGAUCAUCAGAGUUAGCAGAGGAAAAAAUAGACUUUCGGUCUUUCUCAAUAUCAAUGGGUUCUUUAACAUCCCAUGUGGAGGUGAUGAAUGGCGGGUCGAAUCCUCUAUUAUCAUUCUCUUUCAGAGCAUGCAUGAAAUUCUAGAGGAAGCUUUUAGAACACCAUUUCUUUUGGUUUUUUGUAUGCUUGGGUUCCCUCCAAGGUUGAAGUUUUCUUGUUGAAGAUCUAGUUCAAACUUUGUCAUGAGCCUGGGAAUUUUAUCUACCUGCAGUGAUGGGAAAAAAAUCAUGGUGUUUUGACUUAAGGGCACCUUUGAAUGGUAUUUUCUUGCUUUAUGUGAACUUGUGAAAUAUUUGGCACUCCUUUCUCGUAUUAUAUUAUGUGCUUAAUAACUUAAAAUCUAAAGACAACCUUCACGAACAGAAGCUUACCAAUGUAGCAUCUUUUCCAAUAAAUAUGUGCGAUCCUCUUCAGUAAGCAUAUAUGACACCUUCUUUUUCAAAUAUAAUAAUGCGAUCCGUAUUUGUAUUUAUGGAUUUUUUCCAUCAUAUGAGAAAAUGUCAAGUUGAUCUGCAGGAUAUAUUGGUCAAUGUUUUGAUUUUCUACUGAAGAGGGGGAUCUCACUUUGGUAAACUAGAUGAUAUCUUGGUAUUCCAUGAUUUUGAAAACUGGUAUUGG